AUGAAUCCCUCCAAUACGGGGCAGUCCCCCCUUAAGAGCCAGCUGCUGGGCAUCCCAGACGAUCAAGUGGGAACAGCAGACCUUGAUGGACAGGAUUACCCGUGGCAACGCCAGGCCACAAGCUCAAAUCAGAACACAAAUGGCAACCAUGUCCACCCUCAUCCCAUGCAACUGGGAUCCCAUGUCGCGAGUGGAGAACAGCGAAGAUUCUCCGAUUUCCACGACCCUCCUGCUUCGGUUGUUCCCGAGCCCCCAACCCCUCAGGGCUAUGGCAGCAUCCCAUAUCACAACGGCACCCCGAAUCACCCUCAACACCCUCAACACCCCCAAUACCAUCAAUACUCCCAAUACUCUCAGUACCCUCAGUACCCUCAACACCUCCAACACCCUCAACACCCUCAACUUCAGCAUCCUCAACAGUCAUAUGACAACAGCACCCAGCCAGCCGGAUAUUGGGUCUGGCUCCCCUACCAGCCCGGUCAGAACCAACUGCCACCUAUCACCUCGCUGAAUUUCAGCCCCUUCUCUACCGGUGCUGGGAACGCGGAGACCCAUCACGUCCCUCCAGUGCCACAAGUCAUGUCUCACGGCUCAUCUCCCUUGCAAGUGACCCAGUCAUCGCCAUUCCUGCCACCUCUUCCGGGAUUCAUGUCCCUUCCCUAUGGCCAGCAGCCUGCCCAUAGCCAGCAGGUUACCAAUCCACUGGCCGUCAACUCACCCGAGGCUCAUCCCGACGAAGCUUUGGAGUCCGAGCAAGAUGAUGACAAGUUCAAACCCCUCUGCGAAUUCUCCCGUCCCUGCCGAAUGAGCCCCAGCCCCGAUGGACUGCACUUCAGAAAGAUUGUCUCCCACCUUUUUGGACGUAACAAGGCGUCCACCAAGUUGUUCCCGGAGUCAGUCUGGGUGUACUACUGUCGCAAACACUACCAACGGGCCCGGUACCGGGCUGAGCAAUGGCCGUUCAACCAGUGCGAGUUGUUGCUUCAGUCCUUGGACCGGAUGGAGGAAUGGGGGUACGUCCUCAGCUUCGAGCUCCGACUCCGUCGGCGGGAGGCACUGCGAACCGAUGGGCAGGGGGAGAGAGCCGCUCCGAGUGGUCUGCUGCACAGUGGCCGCAGACAUCCCACUGCCAUUACUGCUCCCGUUCCGGACUGGCUCCAGCAGGAGCAGGAGGAUGCCAAGCGAGAGAGCCGGACCAAGGUCAACGCUGUAGGCAACCUCACCAAGGAUGAGAAGAAGGUCGCCCAAAACGCGGCAUACAGGGAGCGGAACAGUCUCGUUCGGUUCCCCGACAUUGAAAUCCUGCCAACCUUCCAUCCGGAAGUGGUGGAGGAUGCCAAGCGGCGUUCGGCCCAGAAGAAGACUGGGCAGGAGGAGGAGCUCGGUGAGCUGGAGGAGCUGGAGAAUGAGGAUGGAGUUGAGGAUGACGCCGAGGAAGGGUGGGAGUCCCUGAGUGAGGUCGGCGAGGACCUCGUGGCCGGGGCUACUAACCAGCUCCGGCGCCGCAAGAAGGUGGUGCGCCUGAAGGUGGGCGGUCGUAUCUCCUCCCGGGGAUCGAUCAAGAAGCCUGCCAGGAAGGAUAAGUGA